UUCCAGUCUAUACCAUGUAAACUUCCGGUAAUAAAAUAGGAUGCGUGAAAUUAGACGGACUUGGAAACAAAACAAAUCGUUUUGUUUCUGUCUGACAUGAUUUAUUUGAACAAAUAUGAAAUUGAUUUCCAUAAUUAAAGUUACUUUUGUUCGAUGAAAUGUCAGAUAUAAGCUAACAUCGUGUGGUUAACAAUUUAAUAAUUUCCGAAUAAAAAAGCAUCCGAAAUAUUUUCCAAUUCAAUUUCGCAACGUACACAAUGGCAAAGGGAAAACCUGAUUAUGAUAACUUGUCACCAACAGGACACAGGAACCCACCAAUGCCAUGGUUUGGCAUGGACAUAGGAGGAACACUUACAAAGUUGGUCUACUUUGAACCCUGUGACCUUGAAACGGCCAAUGAGGAAGAAGCUGAAGCGUUGACGACGAUUCGCAAAUAUCUAACCCGCAACAUCACGUAUGGACAGACUGGCAUUCGAGAUGCGUUUCUAGAAAUGCAGAAACAGACUAUAGGUGGACGAAGUGGUUCGCUUCACUUUAUACGAUUUCCAACAUCAGAAAUGAACUCGUUUAUUGAGCUGGCUAAAGCAAAGAACUUUCCACAUUUGGCCAAGUCUAUAUGUGCAACAGGAGGCGGGGCUUAUAAAUUCGAAGAUGAUUUUAAACAUCAAGUAAAUUUGGAGUUACAUAAAUUCGAUGAACUCGACUGUCUCAUUGAGGGGAUACAUUUCAUAGACAGAAAUAACGAUAAGUGCGAAUGCUAUUACUGGAAAAAUCCUGGAGAUUCAAAGCUCGCAACCAAAGAGAAGUUUGAUUUUAGAAAUCCAUAUCCCUACCUUGUGGUGAAUAUAGGAUCGGGCGUCAGUAUACUUUCUGUUAGGGGACCAGCAGAAUUCCAGCGUGUCAGUGGAACAAGUUUAGGGGGUGGUACAUUCCUGGGUCUGUGCUGUCUGUUGACUGGCUGUGAGACAUUUGAAGAGGCAAUCACUCUAGCAACUGAUGGUGAUUCAACAAAAGUAGACAAGCUUGUUCGCGACAUCUAUGGCGGUGAUUACAACUCAAGCAAGAUAAAACUUCCUGGGGACAUUGUUGCAAGCAGCUUCGGUCAGAUGAAUCUGAAAGAAAGGCGUGAAAAUGCAACACCCCAGGACCUGGCAAGGGCUACUCUUGUAACCAUCACCAAUAAUAUUGGUUCCAUUGCACGGAUGGUUGCAGUCAGGGAGAAAGUAGAACGUGUGGUUUUUGUUGGUAACUUCCUACGCGUGAACACAAUAUCGAUGAAACUCCUCGCGUAUGCCAUGGAUUUCUGGUCACAAGGGGCCAUGAAAGCUCUAUUCUUAGAACACGAGGGUUACUUUGGUGCCAUGGGCUGCCUGAUGGAGUAUAUGAAGCUAGGACAGAAGAUGUGAUAGGAUCACAGUCUAUAUACAUGUACUUGUAAUUGAGACCGAAUGAAUAUGCAAUAUUUACUUGUGGUGUUCAGAGAUUUACUAUGAAGUUAAUGAGGUGCUGAGAGCUCUUCCAAGGGAGGGAACAGACAUUUAUAUAAUCACUCUCAUUCAAAUUAUCACAAGAUAAUGUUUGCAUUCCUAAACAUAAUCCUUCCCAAUAAUUGUAUUCUCCUUACAAAACACCCCCUUCCCCCUAUAAAUAUCACACUUUAGGGCCAGUUGCAAUUAUUCUGCAUCAUUCAGACCUCAACUGGGGUAAACAAUACAAAGUUGGCAGGUAAUUUUCUAAAAUACUUUGCUACCCUCCCCCUGUCAUGUAGCAGUCUGUCUUUUUUUCAUCUGUUGGAAAAUUCCUGUCUCAGCAAUAACUAAGCCAUACAUUGGUGGAUUUUUAAAUAAUAUGGCACAAAUGAGUACCAUUAUUUUCCUUGACACCUUACCUCAAAUGUCAAUGUCGAACUUAAUAGAUCAAGGUUUAAAUUUAGUCAUAAAACAUGUUGGGUAGGGGAUGUUAAUGUUUUGCAAAGAUCUGUUUUUGUCCCCUAUCGGUGAAACAGGAGGGAACUUAUGGUUUGCGCUCUGUGUGUCCGUCAGUCAGUCAGUCACACUUUUCUUGAUCCUGCGAUAACUUAAAAAAAAAAAAUUUCUUCAUAAUUUUUCUCUUGAAACUUGAAACAUGGAUAGAUGGCAAUAUGGAGAUUAUGCACGUCAUUUCAUUUUGUUCCUACGUCAAAAAUUCUGGUUGCUAUGGCAAAAAUAAAAAAAAAAUUAAAAAUCAGACAAUGGUGGAGUUUCACCGGUAGGCGACCAUAUUGCUUGACAAUAGUCUUGUUUUAAACUUUUAUUUUAAAUGUUAUACUAACAGAUUCUUUAAUGGUGGUGUUGAGGUCUCCAUGAAGUAAUAACAUUGAAUCUGAGGAUUAUGUCUGGGGUGAUUUUGUCAGGUUGCCUGUGAGGUGAUGGUAUCCAUAAGAUAUCUUAAAGUAACAUAAAUACUCAAAAUCAAUGAAUAUUUCGCAAAAUAUUUCAUAAAAAAAAUCAGUGUUCCUUAUAGCAAUAGCCAUUAAUUAACUGUUUUUUUUCGAAAUAUUGAACAAAAAUAUUCGUUCAUUUUGAGUGUGUAUGGGUUUUUAAGUAAUUACUGCAAUAUUUAAAGUGAAUUGUAAAAUAGUUAUAUAUUGUAUUUGUUUUUAAAAUCUUGUCGUUUGUGGGUUGCUGAUAUCAGACUAAAUUAUUUUAACUUAUAUGAUACUUUGAACAUGUGAUUUCAUUCUGUACAGUUUUUAUUACAUAAUUAAAUAGUUUUAGCUUACCCAGUGCUAAGGAUUUUUCAUAGUUAUUUAUAAUAAGAUUGUGAUCCCUUGUUAUACCGAUCCAGGGAGCCGUUUCAUCAACGAUUUACGACUAGUUGUAAAUUACGAUUUACAUAAAAUACGUAAUUAUUGAUGAAACGGCCCCCAGAGUUAAUAAUUUUGUGGACCAAAGUCAUAAUGCCUAUCGGGGUUGUAUGCAUCUAAGUGUGAGUGUACAAAUGUACACAUAAUUAUCAAUAAAAUAUAUUGCCUGCAUAUGUUUAAAACUUGUAUGAAAAAAUGUGAAGGCAUAUACAUGUUUGCUUAUAAAAUGUUCAUUAUACACCCAUUACUGGUAAUGGGGGCUAUAUAGGAGUCACUUUGUCGGUCUGUCUGUCGGUCUGUCCGUCUGUCUGUCGGUCUGCCUGUCCCGAAAAUUUCAUCCGAUCUUCGCCAAACUUGGUCAGAAGUUGUAUCUAGAUGAUGUCUAGGUCAAGUUUGAAUAUGGGUCAUGCCGGGUCAAAAACUAGGUCACAGGGUCACUUAGUGCGUUUUAAACCAAAAGUUUGUCCGGACCAUAACUAUGUCAUUUAUCGUUAGAUUUUAAAAUGACUUGGUACAUUUGUUCACAAUCAUGGGAUGGUGUGUCACGCAAAAGAAUUACGUCGAUAUCUCCAAGGUCAAGGUCACACUUGGAGUUCAAAGGUAAAAUGCUUGUCCGAGCCAUAACUUUGUCGUUCAUUGUGAGAUUUUGAAAUCAUUCGGCACAUUUGUUCACCAUCGUUGGACGGUGUGUCGCGCGAAAGAAUUACAUCGAUAUCUCAAAAGUCAAGGUCACACUUUGAGUUCAAAGGUCAAAAAUGGCCAUAAAUGAGCUUGUCUGUGCCAUAACUAUGUCGUUCAUUGUGAGGUUUUUUAAAUCAUUUGGCACAUUUGUUCACCAUCGUUGGACAGUGUGUCGCGCGAAAGAAUUACGUCUAUAUCUCAAAGGUAAAGGUCACACUUUGAAUUCAAAGGUCGAAAAUGGCCAUAAAUGAGCUUGUCCGGGCCAUAACUAUGCUGUUCAUUGUGAGAUUUAAAAAUCAUGUGGCACAUUUGUUCACCAUCAUUGGACGGUGUGUCGUGCGAAAGAAUUACGUUGAUAUCUCCAAGGUCAUGGUCACACUUUGAGUUCAAAGGUCAAAAAUGGCCAUAAAUGAGCUUGUCCGGGCCAUAACUAUAUUGUUCAUUGUGAGAUUUAAAAAUCAUUUGGCACAUUUGUUAACCAAAAUUGGACGGUGUGUUGCACAAAAGAAUUACGUCGUCAUAUCCAAGGUCAAGGUCACACUUUGAGUUCAAAGGUCAAAAAUAGCCAUAAAUGAGCUUGUCCGGGCCAUAACUAUGUCGUUCAUUGUGAGAUUUUAAAAUCAUUUGGCACAUUUGUUCACAGUCAUUUGAACGGUGUGUCGCGCCAAAGAAUUACGUCGAUAUCUCCAAGGUCAAGGUAACACUUGGAGUUCAAAGGUCCAAAAUGGCCAUAAAUGAGCUUGUCUGGGCCAUAACUAUGUUCGUUCAUCGUGAGAUUUUAAAAUCAUUUGGCACAUUUGUUCACCAUCGUUGGACAGUGUGUCGCGCAAUAGAAUUACGUAGAUAUCUUCAAGGUCAAGGUCACACUUUGAGUUCAAAGGUCAAAAAUGGCCCUAAAUGAUUAUGCCAUAAUAAUUAUUAAAAAUCGCCAUAAAUAAGCUUCUCUUGUUUUGUGAGGACAGCAUGCAAAAUAGUCUGUGUGAAUUCAGCAUGUGGGGGUAUACGUCACGUCUGUGACAAAGCUCUAGUUUUUAGCUUACCUAAGCACAAUGUGCUUCUGGUGAGCUUUUGUGAUCACUUUUUGUCCAUCUUGCGUUGUCUGUUGUCCAUUGUGCGUCAUCAACAUUAGCUUGUUAGCACUCUACAGGCAUCAUUUAUUGUCAAAUCUUCAUGAAACUUUUUGUCCAUCAUGUGUUGUGUGUCGUCUGUCGUCCAUUGUGCAUUUUCAACAUUUAGCUUUUUAACACUCUACAGGCAUCAUAUAUAUAAAUUGUCCAAUCUUCUUGAAACUUGGUAAGAAAAUUUGUCCAAUUAAUGUCUCAGUUGAGUUCAAAAAUGGUUCUUAUCCUGUUGAAAUACAUGGGCACCAGGGGAUGCUGCAGAUUUCCUUAUAUGGCUAUUGUUAAACACUAUAAAAGUUUCAUUUUAAGUCAAAUCUGAAUGAAACUUGGUCGGAACAUUUUUUCUAAUGAUUUCUCUGGCUGAGUUGAAAAAGACAUGGCUUCCAGGGGCAGGGCAUUUUUUCUUAUAAGGCUAUAGUGAAACCUUGUUAACACUCUCUGACUCUAUAAGUCAAAUGUAUGCUCCAAUAUACAUCAAACUAACCGAGAUCAUUUUCUUUGAUGAUAAAUUGGCUGAAUUUUAAACUAUUUUCAGUUCCUUAAAAACAUGGCAACCUUGGUACAAAGCAGUUAAUUGGCAAAUCUGCAUGCAACUUGGUUAGAACAUUUGGUGUAAUGAUAUCUCAGCCGAGUUCAAAAAUAGAAAAUUUGGAUGACAAAAUGAAAUAUUUAUGUUUCCUAAAGCAAUUUCAUUAUUUGGAAGUCCUGCUUGUCAGAACACAAUGUAGUUUAGUUCCGUUGGGUCUCAGGUGAGUGCCUUUGGGCCCAUGGCCCUCUUGUUUAUUAUACCAAGCUGUCAAAGAUCGUUGGAAGUAUUAUUACUGUGUAUUAUUUUUCUACUUGGCAAUGUGGGUUAUUCUUUAAUUGCAAAAUCAUGCUCAUACUUUGUUCAGUCAUGGCUUUUCAAUUAGCUCUUCUUCAUAAGUAUGUGUGGCAAUUUUUAUUAAAGAAAUUUUACUCACCUUCUAUUGGUGAGCUCUUGUUCCUCGUGCAUUGUCAUCAUCUGCAUAUGUUUUGCCUAAUUUUUAGCUCGACUAUUAAAUAUGAAAUAUAUAUAGUGGAGCUAUCCUACUCACCCCAGCGUCUGUGUUAGCGUGCAAAUGUUAAAGUUUUUGUACUACCCCAAAUAUUUCCUAUGUCCUUUGACAUAUUGCUUUUAUAUUUUGCAUACUUCUUUACCAACAUGACCCCAAUCUAUAAACAAGAGCAGACAACUGUUUCAAGCAUUUUGACAGAAUUAUUGCCCCUUUUAUACUUAGAAUAUGCAUAUAAUUGAUAAAUCUAUGUUAAAGUUUGCGUACCACCCCAAUUAUUUCCUAUGUCCUUUGACAUAUUGCUUUUAUAUUUUGCAUACUUCUUUACCAACAUGACACCAAUCUAUAAACAAAAGCAGACAACUGUAUCAAAAAAAAAUAAAAAAUGUUUCCUUAUUUUUGAAAGAUCAUCAUUCUAUUAAAUGACCACACACCCACAUUAUUACCCCCCUCCCCCUCUCCAUGAUGGGUUACGUUAAAACUGUCAAGCACUCGAAUAGUCAAGCGCGCUGUCCUCUGACAGCUCUUGUUAUUUAACUUCAUUAAAAGAUACAUCCAAACGAUAUAAAGAAAUUGAUAUUGUUUCAUAAACUAUAUUACUUGAGUAAAUUAUUGGAAAAGCUUGAACACUUUUGAAGUCUCAUUUAUUGCACUAUGUGAAACUUGCUUUUAAGAUUUGUCCCAAUUAUAUCUGGGCCAAGAUAUAAACUGGAUCCAAUGGAACAAAAUCUUAAUCACUAGGUAAUGGAAAAAUUGACAGAAAAGCUUUUAAUAUAAUAUUAGUCAAUAUUUAUGACACAAGCUCAGUUAAUUGGUUUCAAUCAUAUCUCAUCAGAUUUCUGAUUUGGGUCUUGAGGCGUCCAAAACUUCGCGACUAAAACAUACUUUAGCAUAAGGUUAUAAACAGUCUUGUUUCUAACCUUGCAAUAAUACAUUCUCAUUGAAUAUUAUGAAAAUGCUUGCACACAUAUUUUACUACAAUAUUAAUAUGAUUUCAUCAUUCUCUUUAUUAAAAACGAAGUUGGACAUCCUAGGCACUUAUAAGCCCACUUGUUUUUACACAAAUAAAAAAGUAAAAUGCUCUUUAUGCAGAUUUGUCAAACAAUGUUUUCUUAAAAAUUUACUUUUUUCCAAAUAAUUUCAUCAAUUUAUCAUUUAUUAUAAUUAGAUCUUUGAAUUAAAAAGAGCAGUUGCUACAAAAAAGCUCCCAUUAGUAAAUAAAAUCAUUACAUUUGUUGAAGUUUACAGACUUAUUUAGAUCGAAUUUCUUUGUGAACUUCAAUGAUUUCUGCAUACAAAUAUAGUAAUUUUUGAUGAAGAGCAAUUAUGUAUUUCUUUUGUUCAAAUAUAUGAACACCAUAAAUAUUAUACAUGUUUUCAUAAAUCCAGGAGAAAAUCUUGCAUCCAGGCAUAAAUAAGUUUUGUUAAGGAAUAUAAUUUAAAAGAAACUUUUCAUUCUAAUAUAUAUACUUGAAAUAUAAUUUUAUAUAGAUUUUUUUUAUUUUAUGAUUUUAUAAUAAAACAUCUUAAGAUUUUAUAUCCAGGGGUCCAAAAAUUUUAUUAUCAUGUUUUACUGGUGACGGCACACUUUUACAUGUCUUCUGUCUUUUGUUCAUUGAAUAACCAUAUUUGCCAUCUUGGGUAUUUUGGAAGAAAUUAGUGAAAUUCAUUCGAGGUAAACUUGAAACUGAUUGUGUAUUAUCAUAAAACUAACACAUUUAGACCAUUUUGUCAUUGUAUAUCAAUUGAAUUCAUGCAAAUAAGGUCAAUAAUGGACACAGUUUGGAAAGUGUUUAGUGAAUUACCCUUGAAUAUCUGAGUUUCUCAAUGAAAAAAACCUGCAUUGUGUACCAAAUUUGUUGUAGUGAAAAUAUGGACAAAAGUAUGUUAAAAUCAAUUUUCUGUGCCACCAAAGUAAACAUAGAUUCUACUGAAAAAAAAGUGCUGUGCUCUGUGAAAAUGGGGAUUUAAUGCAUGUGAGUAAAGUGUCGUCCCAGAUUAGCCUGUGCAGUACGCACAGGCUAAUCAGGGACGAUACUUUCCGCCUUAACUUAAUUUUUGCUAAGAAGAGACUUUCUAUAAACGAAAAAUAUAAAAAAAAGUGGAAAGUGUCGUCCCUGAUUAGUCUGUGCGGACUGCACAGGCUAAUCUGGGAAGACACUUUACGCACGUGCAUUAAACCUCCUUUUCACAGAGCACGGCCAAAUUAAUUGUCUUAUAAUUGUAAAUGUCAAUAUAAAUAUGAGGGGGUGGCCAGGAUUUGUAGUAGAAUCAUAUGCAAAUGUGUGCCUGGAUCUAAGAUUUAAUCUGAAUGAAUGGCAGAACAUUCCAAUUAUAUUAUGUCCUGAUUUACGAUCAGACUGUCUUUAUUUAUCUUAAAAUCUGGGACUGUGCUGAGCUGGAGCUUGUGAAAGUGAUAACAACAUAAUUACAUUAUCACAAGUGUUUAUACCACUUUGAGUAAUUUGGAACUGGGCUUUAUUAGUAAUAAAAUGCAUUUUUUGUGGUAAAAACGAAGUAAAUGUACUGUUUACACAUGUUUUUUGUAUUCAUCAUUCCAAAUGUCAAGGUGCUUGCUUUUUUGUAUUAAUUUAUUUUUCUUUUAUUUAUUGUAUUUUUCGACAUUCUCUAUGUAUAAAACAAAUUGUAACUUGCACAAACUGUCUCAUGUUUAAUCAAUCAAUAGGCUGACUUUAGUUUAAUAAAUGACUUAAUUUCUGAAUGGUGCAAUUAUUGUAUACAUGUAGAUCUACUGUAUUGAAAAGUUGUAUUUUUCUUUAAUUUUGAUUUGUAUACACUAAGCGCAAUUCUAGGGUAAUUUUAUAAUAAUCAUGAAAUUGUUGUGUUUGUUUGUUUUUUGCUCGAAAUUUCAGUAGUAUUUUCUUAGGUUUUAUUAUGAAGCAUAAUGAAAAUUAUAAACUGCAUAUAAUUCGUAUUUAUUUUUAGGGCUCAUUGUAAAUAUAUUAUUUGUUUAGCUCAAUAUGUUUUACAUGCUUGAUCGUCAAACUAUAGAGUACUGUAAUUAUUGUGUUUACCUGCAUCAUAAAUAUUAGUUACUACAUUUGAACACUCUGAUUAAAGACCAGGUCAAUUUUAAUUGUCAGCGCAAAAUUUCAUAUCGUCUCAUGUUUGUGAAUGCAUGUGCGUUAAUUGUCGUCCCAGAUUUAACGUACAGUCCGCACAGGCUAAUAAGGGACGACUCUUUUCCACCUAAACUGGAUUUUGGCAAAGGAGAGACUUCCCUGAAACGUAAAUACAAUACAAUCGGAAAAGUGUCGUGCCUGAUUAGCCUGGGAGGACUGCACAGGCUAAUCUGGGUUGACACUUCAAGCACACGCAUUAAGUCCGGUUUACUCAGAACGAGGCUGCAACUUUUAGGUUAUUAUACUUGUGAAACACUUGUACAAACCAAAACUAGUAAAAAUAUUGGAUACAACUCUAGCGCGUAAUUUACGAUAAUUAUGUUAACAAGUGGCGGUCACUGUUGUCGAGCUUUAAGUUUGUUCAUUUGGUGAAAUUGAUUUCAGUGGUUGUGCAUGUACAUUUUUGGACACAAUAGUUAUGUUAUCAAAGAGCAUUAUGUUGCACAGUGAAUUAUUAGCAUCUAUCAAUUAUGUAUGAAAAUGCGUAAAUAUGCUUUAUCAGACAAUGUUGUAUUAGGACAACUUCAUAAGAAAAGAAAAUUAAUGCAAUAUGUGCAUUAAAUGGCUUGUUCUUGUAUGCCGGUAUAUGAUAAGCUAAACAGAAACAAGAUUUUUAAUAGAAGUGGACGCUGUAAUUACAGAAUGCUUUGUUGUGUAAAAGCUGUGUUAGUUACUAUGUAUUUAGUGUAUAGCAUUUAGAGAUCCCGUAAUAACUAUGCGUUAUAUGGAGAUUACGUGAAAGCUUUCAUUACAUGAGCCUUGUUCUGAGAAAACUGGGCAUAAUGCAUGUGCGUAAAGUGUCAUCCCAGAUUAGCCUGUGUAGUCUGCACAGGCUAAUCAGGGACGACACUUUGCGCCUGAACUUGAUUUUCGGUAAGGAGGGACUUCCGUGGAACUAAAAAUACCAUAAAAGCGGAAAGUGUCGUCCCUGAUUAGCCUGUGCGGACUGCACAGGCUAAUCUGGGACGACACUUAACUGCGCAUGCAUUAAGCCCAGUUUUCUCAGAACGCAGCUCAUAUAGUUAGAUUAUUUGAAAAGCGUGUUAAAUGUUAGAUCUUGUUUAAAGUGAAGAAAAGUAUGCAUUUUAGAGUUGUCAUCCACUAAUAAGAAAAAAACAGACAUCAUUCAUACUAGCUAGUUUUAUAUCUUAAUCAGAUGGUAUUGUAAAUAAUGACAUACUGAAUAUCUUAUAUUGACAAUCGCAGGGUUUUCGAAAGACCGUUAAAAUGCCGAUAAAAACAACUUGAAAAAGCCAAGUUUUAUAAGUUUACACUAUAGUUCGGAUUGUAAAUGCGUAGUAUGUUUUGUGGUAAUGUUUGAAUCGAAAUAAUGAUGUUGUAUUAUUCGUGUAUUUUUUGUUGAUGAACCACAUAUUUUCGUUUUGAUGCAAACCCCAGUGAUAGAUUUCUACGUUUCUGAACUUCUUUGCGUUUUUUAGUUAAUGGUUAACAACUGAAAGCGAGCAUUAUUUACUCAAAGUAUUAAUGAAAAAAAUCUCGUGUAAGCAGACUUGGUGCAGUAGAUUUAAAUCUUAGUGGUUUUGUGUUGUUUCAGUUAACAUACGAUGUAAAUCAAAUUUUACUUUGUCAUAUCAUCGUUUUUAGUAUUUUUAUAGAAUACUUGUCGAUCAGUUUCAUAUCAUUACGUUAAGCGAUGUGAUUGGUUGAAAUUUCUGUACAAUAAAUCGUACAAUCAAA